AUGCCGAUUGAUAUCAAUAAGCUCCGCGCAGAAAAGGGCGGCGACCCGGAGGCUGUCCGAGCUUCUGAGCAGAAGAGGUAUCGGAACUCCGAUACUGUGGGCAAUGCUGUAGAGCUGGAUCAGCAGUGGCGGAAGGAUAUGUUCGCUCUUGACAAGCUCCGUGAGGAACUAGGCAAGAUUCAAAAGGAGAUUACUCAGAAAAAGAAGGCCUCUAAGGGUAAGGACCCUUGCACUGAGGAACUCGUUCGCAAGGCUGAGGGCGAGAAGAAAAUUCAGGAGCAGGAGAAGCUCGUUGCUGAAGUUGCCAAGUCUCGUGAUGCUGCUGUACACUCUAUCGGGAAUAUCAUCCUUCCUGAUGUGCCUGUCGGCAAUGAUGAGGACAACAACGAGGUGUACAAGAAGUGGGGUCAGCCUAGACAAAUCCUCGUCGAUGGGAAGACCCCUGGUCACCUCUACCAUCACCAGAUUAUGUACAUGCUCGGUGCUAUGGACCAGGAGCGCGGCAUUAAUAUCGUUGGUCAUCGUGGAUACUUCCUCCGUGGUGUUGGGGUCCUUCUCAAUAUGGCCCUCAUCAACUACGGUAUGAGCCUGCUUGUUAAGAAGGGUUACACCGCCCUCCAACCUCCCUUCUUUAUGAAGAAGGACAUCAUGGCUGAGACCGCCGAGUUGGGCGACUUCGAUGAGCAACUUUAUAAGGUCAGCGAGAACUCCCAGCAGAAGAAGGAGGAGAAGGGCCUCAAGGAGAACGAUGGGGAGUACUACCUCAUCGCCACUUCCGAGCAACCUAUCUCGGCCUACCACCGUAAAGAGUGGAUCGACGAGGACCAACUCCCUCUACGUUAUGCUGGUAUUUCUACCUGUUUCCGUAAGGAGGCGGGUUCCCACGGUAAGGAGACCUGGGGACUAUACCGAAUCCAUCAGUUUGAGAAGUUGGAGCAGUUCUGUAUCACUACUCCUGAGGAAAGCGUCGCCAUGCAUGAGCAUAUGCUCGAUAUGGCUGAGGAGUUCUAUCAGUCUCUCGAUCUCCCUUACAGAGUCGUUAAGAUUGUCUCUGGUGCCCUCAAUGAUGCUGCUGCUAAGAAGUAUGACCUCGAGGCCUGGUUCCCUGGUUAUAACAUGUAUAAGGAGCUCGUCUCCUGCUCCAACUGUACGGACUAUCAAGCCCGGGCUAUGGAGACUCGCUGCGGCCAUGUGAAGCAGGGCGAGCGCGAGAAGCGAUAUGUUCACAUGUUGAACUCGACACUCUGUGCUACGGAGCGUGCUAUGUGCUGUAUCGUUGAGAACUAUCAGGAAGAGGAAGGUGUCCGAGUCCCCAGAGUUUUGGUUCCGUUCAUGCAUGGCAUGGAGUUCCUUCCCUACGUAAAGCCUGUCCCUAAGAACCCUGAUGAGGGCAAGAAGGCUGAGAAGAAGUAGAGGGUCUUCUUCUUCUUCCGAUAGAAGGAGAUUAGUAACAUUCCUGUUGCUGCAGUUACUGCCCCUUGUAUGACUACUGUUUCGAUACCUUCA